AUGCAGUCAGCAGAAGCUUUGAGUUAUUGGCAAGACAAAAUAGGAUCAUCACCUGUAGUAAUAAGUUGGUUAAGAAUGGGGUUCCAUUGUUUUCAUGGAGGUUCUUUACUUGCAGCACAACAAACCCCAAAAUACAAUAACAGUGAAAGCACAAGUAAUAGUUCCAGAUUCAAAGAUCUUAGAGGUAAGGGCGUUGAUGUCAGAGCUUAUAAAGAAAGAGAAGAUAUCACGGUGUCAAAUAGUUGGAAUAAGUGGCUAGACAAGGCGUGGGAUGUGUAUAGAGAUUUCUGUGAAGUUAUGGAUUUGAGGGUGCUUCCAUCUGAG